AUGUGGCGUGUUGAGCAGGCCCUGGUCAGGAUAACUGGCGCUUACCCAGCGUUCAUGCGUCCUCGUGAGUAUCCUGUUCUCGAUUCGACACCGGUGACCGCUGAUCUGGAAAUAGCAUAUGGAAACUACAAUAGUAUGGUCCUCGAUGCUUCCGGCAUCCGUGGUCAAGGCGUUGUCAUCUGGGACUUGGACUCCGGAGACUCCACCGGUGCCUCUGUCCAAUCUUCUAAGAACACCUACAGCAGCCGAAUUAGCGCCCACCCAAGCACCAUCUUGGCCCUCAAUCACGAGACAAUUGAAACCACGGCACACCAGGUGUUGCCAUAUGCCAUCCAGCAGUUGAAGGCAGCUGGGUAUAGGCUUGUAACUGUUGCAGAGUGCCUUGGAAAGCCUGCUUACCAGAGCGUUGUUGCACCUUCUCCUCGCGAUGUUCGUGUUUCUUUGACUUGA